AAGCUCCGCGGCGUCGCCCCAGCUGUCGCCUAGCCGGCUGCAGCUCUAUGGUCUCUCCCUAGAGCUUUGCCGUUUGGGGCCAACUGCUGCGGUCUUGGGCCUCGGCCCGCGCCGCGUGGAAGCGUCAUGGAGGAAUUUGACUCCGAAGACUUCUCCACCUCGGAGGAGGACGAGGACUACGUGCCGUCGGGUGGAGAGUAUAGUGAAGAUGAUAUAAAUGAAUUAGUGAAGGAAGAUGAAGUGGAUGGUGAAGAGCAGACACAGAAAACCAAAGGGAAAAAAAGAAAAGCUCAGAGCACUCCAGCCAGGAGGAGAAAACAAGGUGGCCUGUCUUUAGAUGAGGAAGAGGACGCCAGUGAGGAACCUGGAGGAAGUAGCAGUGAGGAGGAAGGUGCAGCUGCACAGCAGGAAAAAGACAUCGGGUCAGAGGAUGCAAGGAAGAAGAAGGAGGACGAACUAUGGGCCAGCUUCCUCAACGACGUAGGACCAAAGUCCAGAGUGCCCCCAAGUACACAAGUCAAAAGAGGAGAGGAGACUGAAGAGACGAGUUCAAGUAAAUUGCUGGUAAAAACAGAAGAGCCAGAGAAACCUAAAGAAGCCGAAAAAGUCAAAAUCACCAAGGUGUUUGAUUUUGCUGGGGAGGAAGUCAGGUUAAAAAGAUCCAGUGGCAUGAGCAGCCUUCUGGGGAAGAUUGGAGCCAAGAAGCAGAAGAUGAGCACUCUAGAGAAGUCCAAGUUGGACUGGGAGAGCUUCAAGGAGGAAGAGGGCAUUGGUGAAGAACUAGCUAUCCAUAAUCGAGGGAAGGAGGGGUAUAUUGAACGAAAGGCUUUUCUAGACCGAGUGGAUCACAGGCAGUUUGAAAUUGAGCGAGAUCUCAGGCUGAGCAAAAUGAAACCCUGAUGUUAUGGGGGAAAUCAAUAGCAGCUUAAUCCUGUUGACAAUGUGAGUUUAUGGUGCAUCUGUGAAAUGUUUCCACUGUUUCACAUCAGCGGUUUCCCCGCAAGGUCUUCUUUUUUACAUUGAAUUUCUGUCUUUGUAUCUUGAUCUCACAUGGUCUCAUUCAUUUUACCUUUAAAACUUUGUCCUUAAAAUUUUUUUUAAAUAAAAGUUGGUCCUAUGACAAGCUGUUGAAGGUGACACUACUCGCCUUCCCUUUAUUCUGUUGCAAAGUCCUCCAGGCCAAGCCAGAACAUUCCAGGCCUGUCUGGGCUGGUCACAGUGAAGAGGGCUGACUGGCCGGAUGUGAAUUUCUGGGCCGCAGGCUCGUUCUGAAGUCAUCCUUGCGGAGACCAGGGAAAGAGGCACGCUGGUGUUGGCGGGGCGCCAAGUCCCCGGGCAGCUCAGGUCUUGGUUCCGCUCCUGCAUCUCUGCCGGUCUUUUUCUCUCUCCUGAGUGGGAUUUUAUGCCUAUUUACUGGUAUAAGGUAAGGCUGAAAAUAAGACUAAGGCUAUAUUAUUGCUGAAUUAAGGAUUUUUUUUCCUUUAGCCUUUUUUUCUUUCCAAAGGUAAAGUCAAAAUAAUUCCCACCUCACUCAAAAUAAUUUCCACCUUAAUAAUUCUUUAAUUGUUUUGGUUUGUCAAAGAAGACUGUGAAGGACUCUCUUUUUUAUAGUCCUUAGGAAAAUGUAAAUUCCAAACGUCAUGUUAAUAAAGCAGUAAACCCACAGCCUA